UCGUAAGCGAGAGAGAGAGAGAGAGAGCGAGAGAGAGAGUCAGAGAGAGAGAGAGAGAGAGAGAGAGAGGGAGUGAGUGAGAGGGACAGAGAGGCGAAAGAUUGACUGUAAUGAAGAUGCAAGUUUGGAGUUUGUUGUCCACUCUGUGUGUUUUAGCCCUGGGCAUGGGGUCGGAGUGUGACGGGCGAAAGACAGGUCAGCCCCAGCGCUCCAAACGCGCCCUCCUACUGGCUCUGGAUCACCAGGCAGGCGCCGGGACGGACUCAUCGGGAUCGUGUGGCACCAGGCUGCCCCGUGGCAAGCGGGCAGUGCCCCUGCCGCACUCGGACCAUCCGCUCCGGCAGCUGCCGCCCUCGCACCCGCCGCCGCCGCCACACGCUCACAGCCCGGGCAGAUUGCUCUAUUUCGCGGGCAUAGGGAACCAGCUGCGCCUCCGAACGACCACCGAGCUUCCCCGGCGGAGGUUCACUUUGGAAGUGAGAGUGAAAGCUGAAGGCGGACAGCGUUCUCCAGCUGUCAUUGCAGGACUUUACGACAAAUGUUCUUCUACAUCCCGGGACAGAGGAUGGAUUCUUGGCAUUCAGUCCGUGAGUGACUUGGGUAACAGAGACCCACGAUUCUUCUUCACUCUAAAAACAGACAGAGCUCGCAAAAUGACCACCAUCAUAGCCCAACAGAAGUACCAUGCCAACCAAUGGGUACACUUGGCAGUAAGCUACGAUGGACGUAAGAUGAAGCUGUAUGUUAAUGGAGCACAGGUGGCUGUGAGCAACGAACAAGUCGGUGACAUCUUCAGUCCCCUCAGCAGAAAGUGCAAAGCUCUCACGCUUGGUGGAAAUUUUCAAAAUCAGAAUUAUCGUGGCUACAUAGCUGAUUUUAGCUUGUGGAGCGAAGGCAGAACCCAACAGAAAAUAAUCCAAGAUAUGAAGCACCACACUCAAAAUAACAAUGAGCUUGUCCUUCAUGACAACUUUGAGGAUGUGGAGAGGCACUGGCUAACUGUGAAAGACAGCAAAUACCCUCAAACAGAACCAAAGCAUCACCUUGACUGGAUAUCGAGUACUAACCUGGAACCUCCGCCCUGUGGCCAGACUGUCUGUGACAACAUUGAAGUCAUAACAAGUUACAACAAUCUCUUCAACUUCCGCAAGCUAAAGACUGUCCGCUACAGGGUUGUCAAUGUCUAUGAUGACAAUCACCAAAAACCUACUGUUACCAGAGAGCAAAUAGAGCUUCAGCAUCAACACUUAAACAAUGCCUUUGACCGGUACAACAUCACCUGGGAUCUUACAGUUUUGGAUAUCAAGAAUUCCUCUCUGAGGAACCGCCUCAUUCUGGCCAAUUGUGACAUAAGUAAAAUAGGGAAUGGGGAAUGUGACUUGGAGUGCAAUCACACACUGACAGGCAACGAUGGUGGAGAUUGUAAACCAAUGAGGCGUUCUCCUUUGCUGAAGAAGAAAGGAGACGGCGUGUGUGAUAUGGACUGCAAUGACGAACUGUACAAUUUUGACGAUGGCGAUUGCUGCAAUCCAGAGGCAACUGAUGUGACAAAGACAUGUUUUGACCCCAAAUCUCCCUACAGGGCGUACUUGGAUGUGAAAGAUCUGAAGAACAUUCUGAAACUGGAUGGUGCAACGCAUCUCAAUAUAUUCUUUGCCAAUUCGUCUGAUGAAGAGCUGGCUGGAGUUGCCACAUGGCCAUGGGAUAAAGAAGCCCUUACUCAUCUAGGUGGCAUAGUGCUGAAUCCUUCAUUCUAUGGAAUCCCUGGUCAUACCCACACCAUGAUCCAUGAGAUAGGCCACAGUCUUGGGCUCUACCACGUGUUUAAGGGGAUUUCAGAAAUUGAAUCCUGCACAGAUCCCUGCAUGGAGACUGAGGCUUCGAUGGAUACUGGCGACUUAUGUGCUGAUACUAAUCCAACGCCGAAAAAUAAACAGUGCAAAGACCCUGACCCUGGAAAUGAAACAUGUGGUUUUGGCCAUUUUAUUAAUACUCCUUUCUUUAAUUACAUGAGUUACGCAGACGAUGAUUGCACCAAUUCCUUUAGUCCCAAUCAAGUCGCCAGGAUGCACUGUUACUUGGAUCUGGUGUACCAGAGCUGGCAGCCAACUACAAAGCCUCCCCCUGUUCCUGUCGCUCCAGAGAUAAUACAUCAGAGUGCAGAAUCGGUGACAUUCCACUGGCUUCAUCCAAUCGAUGGGCAGUUCUACGAGAGCGAACUGGGAUCAGUCUGUGACGCUUGUACUGAACGUGGAGAACUUGUCCAGUAUGCCUUCAAUGCUUCUUCCCCAAGACCAUGUGACCCUUCUGGACACUGGAGCCCCAGAGAAGCAGAAGGACCCCCUGAUGUAGAGCAACCUUGUGAAAACAGUGUGAGAACAUGGAGCCCCGACGCUGGUGUUGACGAUAAGACGGUCCCCCCGGUCUGCCCAGAGCCUCAGGGCUGCUACUUGGAAUUGGAAUUUCGCUACGCAUUGAUUCCCGAUUCCCUGACCAUCUGGGUCACCUUCACUGAAGGGGCUGCUCAUGGGGCCGUCCACAAUAUCAAGUUACUGACAGUGAACGGAAACGAAAUCUCACUUGGGCCGCAGAAUGUCUUCUGUGAUGUCCCCAUUACAGUCAGGCUCUUGGUGACGGAGGAGGUUUAUGCUGUCCAAAUCUUCACACUCGAUGAGCACCUGGAAAUUGAUGCUGCUAUGCUGACCUCAGCACCACAGAACACUUUAUGCAGAGAGUGCCAACCUAUCCGGUAUAAAAUCACACGGGAUCCACCUUUUCAAGAGGGACCAACUUCCAUAGUGAAAGACCUGAGCAGAAAAUUCGAAGACGUAGAUGUAAAGCCCAACACUUUGUACACUUAUCAAGUGGUGGUUGCCAAGGGCUUGGAAGACAGUGAACCUUCCCCACAACUGAAACACAUGCAUGGAGCUGCUUACUGUGGAGACGGAUUGAUCCAAAGACAUCUGGGAGAGGAAUGUGAUGACAAGAACAAAAUGAAUGGAGAUGGCUGUUCUAGCUUAUGUCGCCAGGAGCCAUCUUUCAACUGUGUGGAUGAACCUAGCAGGUGUUAUUUUCAUGAUGGUGACGGUGUUUGUGAAGACUUUGAGAAAAAGACGAGCGUACAGGAUUGUGGUCUAUAUACACCCAAUGGUUUCAUGGAUCAGUGGGCCAAUAAUGUCACCGUCUCACACCAUGAUGAUCAAUACUGCCCUGGGUGGGUGAUAAUUGGUCACCCAGCUGCAACAAAGGUGUGCAAGACCAGGGUUAUCGAUUUGUCUGAUGGAGUGGCUCAGUAUGCAUGGUUCCCUUGUCUGGAAGCAUUUCACAGUACUCCAUUCUAUCCUGCAAAAUACUGGUUAAAGGCCUACUUUGCUCAGCCCAUGGUUGCUGCUGCUGUCAUUGUUCACCUGGCUACUGAUGGAAUUAGCCUCAUUGAUCAAAAGCAAGAAUCAAUCGCAGUUCAGUUGGUUGACACAAAGGAUCAGAAUCAUGACCUGGGAAUGCACCUUUUAAACUGUCGGAACAACCCCCUCGUUAUUCCUGUCAUUCACGACCUCAGCAAGCCAUUCUACAGGACCUCAGCCAUCCUAAUUACCUUCCAUUCAAUGUACAUUGCCAUCUCUGGGGUGGCCCUGCGCUCCUUCCACAACUUUGACCCCAUUACAAUUAGUAGCUGCCAAAGCAGUGAGAUGUACAAUCCCACGGAGCAGAGCUGCGUCCACUACUCUUGUGAAGCCACUGACUGUCAAGAGCUCAAUCUUCAAAAUGCAGUGCUGAACUGUACAGGUGCUGGUCGCUACAAUGGGGACCAAUGCAUCGUGUCCUGCAAGGAAGGCUAUGUGCUUCACCAGCGAAGAGACGAAGAGACCUCUAAACGCCAGCCUAAAUUGGAGAUGACAGUCAUCUGCACAGAUGGGAAAUGGAACCAACAACUCCAGUGCGAGCCAGUAGACUGCGGGAUCCCUGACCAGUAUCAUGUCUACCCUGCCACCUUCUCCUGCCCUGAAGGAACCACUUUUGGGAAGCAGUGCACUUUUCAGUGUCGACCCCCUGCCCAUCUCCGAGGGACCAAUAACACUCUGACCUGCCUCGACGAUGGACUGUGGUCUUUCCCCGAAUCCCUCUGUGAACUGAUGUGCCUGGCUCCUCCUCCCGUGCCCAACGCCGUGCUUCAGAGUUUGCACUGUCAACAAGAUGGGCACAAGGUUGGGUCGUCGUGCAAAUACAAGUGCAGGCCAGGAUACCACGUCCCCAGUAUUUCAAGAAAGAUAAGGAAGCGGACCUUCAAGACAAAGUGUACAGAGGAUGGGAGCUGGCAGCCAGGAGUAUGUGUUCCUGUUAUGUGUGAGGCAGUCCCAGCAAAAUUUCAUGGGUUUUACCAUUGUACAAAUGGCUUCCAGUUCAACAGUGUCUGCUGGAUAAACUGCAGUGAUGCCAACAAUCAGACUGAACCAAUCAACAAUGUGAUUCGCUGCCGGAAGGAUGGAACCUGGAAUGGCUCGCUACAGGUCUGCAGCUCCAUGAAGGGAAACUGUCUGCAGCCUCAUCGCCUGAACUCACACAUUAGACUGACCUGUAGACAAGGUUAUGGCAUAGGUGCAGAAUGUACCACUUCAUGUUUGUCACAUCAAAAUGAUCCUGUGAUUUUACCAAGUAACAUGACUUCAGAUGAUGUGAAGUACUGGAUGAACCCUCCAAAGGCAAAGAGUAUAGUUUGUACAGCAGGACUUAAGUGGCACCCACACCCUGAAAUGAUUCACUGCAUUAAAUCAUGUGAGCAGCCUUUCGUGGGGGACAGCUAUUGCGAUGGAAAUAACAACAGAGCGUACUGCAGUUAUGAUGGCGGGGACUGCUGUGCUUCAACUGUCAUAACUAAAAAGCAUCCACAGCUCCCUGAACGAACAUCCUCACUGCCGGAUCCCAGACCUGACCAAGGACCACGAGCUGCACAAAGCCAUCAGCACCCUGGCCGCACUCGUCGGGACACGGGAGGAGCAGGGAGCAGGACUCGGCGUUCAAAAGUCAUACCUUUCCCAAUGUCUUGUGAACUUCAUGGAGACUGUGCUUGCCGAGAUCCCACAGCUCAGGAGCAUGGCAAAGUGAGACAGCAACGCUUCUACCACGGACACCAUUAGCCGGGAGGAACCGGGAACUGCUAACAGCUGAAGGCAGACUGGAAGAGCCACACAUUCCUUGCUGCUUAAAGGAGAAACUUCUCCAACCAGAUGAUACUCACACAAACACAUGCGCACGCGCGCACACACACACACACACACACACACACACACACACACACACACACACACACACACACACACACACACACACACACACACACAAUUCGACUAGUCUGCCUUCUGUCUGAAGACUGGAGUGAGAGAAAAGAAUAAAGACAUGAACGACACAUUGAAUGAACAAACCCCAAAAUAGCAUGUUUUAUGCCUGCUUGACUGGCCUCUCCUGGCCAAUCCCUUGCCCCCACUCGCCUGACUCCCACAGUACCGUCUCCCCGAACUAUACUUUAUAAGGGUUACAAACACAAUACCACCACAUCCAAAAAAUAGAAAUGUUUUCGGCAAAGUGAGUAAAAAAAAGUUCAGAUACAACACAAAGAUGAUUGUCCAUAGAAAGAUUAAAGAACAAUUUACAGAUGGAAAAGCAAUUAAUACACAUUUCUGAAAGGAAACAGCUGUUACCAUGGCUGUUGCUGCUGCCUGAUAACCAGCCUACACACAGUGUAAGAGCAGGUUAACACCAAACCCAAACUUCAGUCUAUCUGCCUUAAGCAAAACUUAAGCUUUGUUUUAAAACCCUUUGAUUUCAUCUCUUAAUCUUUUCAUUGAAAACAGAUCCAGCCAAAAGAAUGAGCCAUAUUUCAAGGGAAUCAAAUCUGCUUGCACUCAUUCCAAUUGCUCUUCCCAAGGAACCCAAUUUCGAUCCAGAGGAGAUUCAGACCAGUGGAAGGUAACUUUAGGGGAUUGGUGUGAGGAUGUUAAUGUCACUCCAAAGGUGAUCAAUGAGUGGAAUAAACUUAAGGUGAAGGGAGACAAAAGCCCUUGAAACGGCUUUAUCUGUGUCAAAAGGGUGUUUUAUAUCAGCAGUUGCCGAAACACUGGACUAGCACACCUAAGGACUACCUUGUAAAACCAGAUCUGCAAAGGGCAACAUCCCAUGAACAGAACUGCUAGACACUAGUUUUUACCAAUAGGCAAUUAUAAUUGUCAUGAAAUGCGAUAGUGUUGGUUAAAUUUAAGGGGAUUAAAAUCUUAGUCUCUCAGCUACUUGGAUAAAACCUGAAAGGAACAUGAAUAAACAGACAAAACAAAAGUCAGCUUUCAAAAAAGAAUCUCGAAGCAAAUCUUGGCAAUUGUUUUAACAAUGCAGAUAGAGUUACCAAUGAAGAGGACAGCCUGGAGAAUGAUCACAUAGAUUCUUGGUGCAGAAUAUAUGGUGGGUUAGGCAUAAAAAAGCCAGGCACUCGAUCAACCAGAACAGAGUUCAUACAUUGAGCACCUUUAACUAAAUCUGCAGCACACACCAUCUACGUUUGUGCCUCGGUGCAGAUCAAUGCAAGACUAUAUAUUCUAUUUGUGGGGGAAAAGCAGCACAAAGACUGUACGCUGUACAGUACUCUUUGGUUGGCAUCAAAUAUAAUUACUGCCAUAAAUAUAUUACAUAGUUUUGCAGGCAGUUAAGGAAUAGAAUCGAAACUGUAUAGAGAAAGAUAACACUGCUACCUUACUGAAAGAAUUUGCUAAAUUCUGUUCCACCAGCUUCCGAAAACCCUAAAAAGUACAAACUCUUGUUGAAGUGUCUCUGUUGAAUUGCCAUCAGCUUCUAAAUUGCAUUCCUUGAAGUAAAUGUAAGAGGUAGACUUCCAUUCAGUUGGGCCGGAGAAUGUUGUUUAAAAAAGAAACUGCAUGAUCCUUCUAUUGAGAAAGGAACACAAGUUUGGAAAUAUAAUUAUAGAAGUCACUGCUGUAAAUGCUUACUGGAACAUGAUGAAUCCCCAUUUCCACACACUCAGUGUGUAGAAACUUUCAAAGGGCAGAGGUCAGAAUAUCAGUGUUGCAUGUUUGUAGUUUUAUUUCCAAUCUACAAUUGUUUAUGGCAUAGUUUUCCUUGGGGCCAUUGGUUUGGUGAUUUCAUCCAACUAUCUCUGUAAGUUUCAUUCAGUACAAUGUUUCCAACGGGAGAUGAACAAGAAUAAGUCAAAAUAUCCGUAGGGAGCAUCAAAAGUAGAUAUUUUCUUGCAUUGUCUUACAGUUGGGCCACUCCUGAUAUUUGUCUGGAAUAUAUUUGCUUGUUUAACAGAGGCAUUAACCUAUUGAAUUAAAAAUAACUGCAGUGGUCCAGUACACAAGUUUGCCAAAUAUUAUCUAUUAUCAAUAACAGUAAUUUAUAGUCUUUUAACACCAACAGUCAGAACACUUUGCUCUAAAUUCACAGUGGAAAGAUAAAAAUAUCCUGCAACUGAAGUCAAUAAUUCUCAGUAAUAUUGGUUAACACCUUCUUCAGCUUACACAUGGAGAAUUGCCAUCAGCUUAUAAGGACCUGCCAGUUUUUCCCCUAGGAUCAGUUUCCCGAUGCAAAGUGCAGCGUUCAAUACCCAUUGUAAAUUUAGUGGAGCCGGAAUAUCUGGUUAACAAUAAUCAGGUGGCAUAUACAAAUAAAGAUCCCAACAGUAUGAAUAAAAUGAUAUCACAUUGGAAAUUACAAUGUGAAUAUUAAUUUACAAAUUCUCCACAAAUUCAUGUAAAAUCAUUUAAUCAUUCCCGUAGCAAAGUUGUUAACGUCUUUAAAUAGGUAAGUGCCUUGGUUAAAAGAAUGAACAGCAAUCUGAGACAAAUAUGUACCAAUAUUUGUGCAGUGAUAUUUGUGAUGUACCUCCAUGGCUGAUGCUGUAGUCGUAAAAAUAAAAAGGUGAGGAUGUAUACGCUAAAAGGAGAGAAUCAUGGGAGAAUGAUGCACAUUUUGAUUUUCAUAUCUAUCACUCACACGACUUCAGUGAUAAGACAAACUUUUGCUUCAGCUUAAUUUUUACAACAAAGAGAGCAAAGUGCAAAAUCUGAAGCAGUACCACAUGCAAUCGUCCAAGUUUCACUGUUCUGUAAGUAUAACUCUAAAUUUUCCAAUAGACAGUAUUUCCUCAUAAACUGUUGGUCAGGACCUCAGUGGCUCAUACUUUUGGCUGGUUGAGGUGUGUCAAAAUGUGGAACAUGCCAAUUUCAAAGGGAAUUUAAAACAAGCCAAGCUACCUCCCAUCUCUCUUCCAUUUUGCCUGGUUGUAACUGUCGGUUCUUAUCGGUUUUACCUGUGUUGUUUAAAAAAAAAGAUUUCAUGCUGCAAACUCCUGACAGACGAGGUUGUGCAAACUGCAUGGACCGAGAUUGAGAAGAGAAAAAAAAACUACCACAACAUUAGGGUUUAGACAAAAAAAACAUAGUUCUCCAUAGGAUUUUGGUGUAGUCGCGUCGUAAUGUCUUGUCGACUUUUGUGCAUAGUAUUAGCUCCAGAUAGAAGAAAAAGGAACAACUUUUUGACAUUUAAUUGUUUAAGUGUUUAAAGUGUUUAUUUGUACUUUUGUUAUAAACUUUUGCUUAAUUGUAUUUAAUCAGUAUUUUUAUUGUGCUCAGUAACUGCAUUUGGAUUUUCUGUACAGUCAUUUACAAAAGUCUACAUCAAUGUUUGUUUUUGAAAAGCUGCUAAGGUCAGACAGGUAUUUUUUUGUAUCUGAUUCUAUUUUAAAAUUUUAAUUUUUGUUUCCUGAGGCUUUGCAUACAUAAUAUCUCGUGCAUUUAAACAUUUUUUUAAGAGGUGAUUAGUUUAGCUAUGAUAGCAGCCAUUAAAAAGGGACAAUCGGAUGCAGGAAGCACAGAUGGAGGAAAUUCCAGAAAGGUUGGUGUCAAAAGAGUUAAUUCUUAAACUUCCAUUCAAGCAUUUUGUAUGACGGUGAGGUUUGCUGGGAAGACCCUUGGCUUUUGCUAAUUAAUCACAGAUAUUUUGUUUUAUAUAAUCAACAAAAUUGUAUUAAGAUGAUAGUUAAUCAAUAUUUGCUUUUUCUUUUGUUGUUAUUUAACAGCAUACAGAAAUAUUGCUGCUUUUAACAAUGAAAUAUUUCAGUAAUGGGAGGCAGAUAAAUUCAGUCUAAAUACCGAAUACUGAUAAUUGAUUUAAAUACCAAGUCACAUUUGCUGGUGGGAUGCUGGUUAUUUUCUCUCAAGUAAACUGGUCACAAUAGUAUGUUUUAAAACACUCUCCCCCACAACCAAUCAUUAUGAACAGAAGUUAAACUUAUUUGCAAAAUUCCCACAUUAUCUGUUGAGGCAUUUUUAUUUUCCAGAAGAGUACAUGAAGUCUUGGUUUCUGAUUGAUCAUUUACCUGUCUGCAUAAUACAAGUCAAGCUGUGAUUUCUUUGAGAGAGGAAAUAUUUUCAUAUGGUAACUGCCAUUGUGAAAAACCUGGUAUUUAUUAGUCAUACUAGUUACUUGUUGGGCACCUUAUGGAAGUCAUGAAAACAAUAAUCAAAUGAAGUGCUGAAAAACGUUAUAAAUGUAACAGUCUACUGUAAUAUCAUAUCUCUUGCUGUACCUCAUGCCUGUAAACUAGCUGCUUUUAAUUUUUAGUUUAAUUUAAAUUUCCUAGCAAUAUAUAAAGAUGUAAAUAGUAGAGUUAUUUAUUAAGAAUGUCAUCCAUUUUUAAUUUAUAUUUACACUUUAUCAUCUAAGUUAUUUUUACAACUUUACAAUUCCGUUGUUACAGCCAUUUUAUUACCUUAAUGGUAUGAUAGGAUAUGAAAUCUACAUGAGACAUACUCUGUGCUCUUGUAGCUCUCUCAUUCUGAAGUACAGGACAUCGAACCACAAAUGAAUUUAGUAUAACACAUGCAUCUGUGAAAUGAUUACCCUUGCCAUUGCUGUGACUUUCCUUUGGAGUAAAACCUCCAUAUAUCUCUGGAAGUGGAUUUGGAUCAGUCAAUGACCAAAUAUCAACAGUGUUUCAUUAACAAAUGUAUAAGAUAAUACCACUGGAAGGAUGACCUGAAUUAGAGUUCCAUGGGUGGAGUGAGUUAGAAUGCAAUCCUCAAGUAUUGAUGUUGAAUGGUCAAUAUUGAUUGUACGAAACAGUUCUGUUGUGCAGAUUUUGCUCGUGGCACUUACCACACACACUGGGCCAUGUUUUUCUUUGAUAUGAUAAAUUUUCCAUGACUGUAUUUGCCAAAUUUUAAAUCUUCCAUAAUUCAACAAUAAUCUAUAUGAAAUCAAGGCUUUGUCACUGUAUUGUGUGUGCAAAUCUGCCUGUUAAAAUCUAGCAGUUAAAUUGCACUUACCAAAACAACCAUUCAGCACUGACAUAGUAAUGUCUCUCACCCCCUGGGUUCACAUGAUGAAGUUCCUCCUAACCUUUAUCCAGAGUGUCCAACACUUCAUCCUGGAUUCUGAGAUGAAGGAUGAUUCAUCCCUGAUUGGCAGCAGUACAUAAUAGUCACAGCAUGUUUUACACUGCCUUUUAAAGUUCAGUUCCAUUGGAGAGUUCAUUUAGCAUCAUCAACCAGAGAUGAAUUUCCAGGCAAAAGUUGUGCUUUUUUGUUGGUCUUCAUUCCGGUGAAGCAAAUGUGCUUUGAGAUAUUAAAGAAGUCUAAAUCAAUCUCAAAAUUGUUUCUCUUGCAGGAACAGUGUAAGAAAAAUAAUUCUUUGAAUACAUUGAUGUCCCUGUUGUGGAUAACAUCAUCUUUAAUCAUUUGUAGCCUGUUCUCAGUUUCCAUAGGAACAUGAAGCAGGAGUGAGAGAAGAUGACAUGUCCUUCUGAACCAGCUCCCCAAUUCAAGAUUAUCUCCUUCCUGAGCUUCAGUUUCCCACCUGAUCUCCAGAUUCCUUGAUUUCCUACGAUUCCUAAAAAUUAUAUUAAUCUCAGCUUUAAAUAUUGAACAACAACUGAGCACCCAAGGUCUUUGGGAUAGAAAAUUUCGAUGACUCACAACAUUCUGUAAUAAUAAUUUCCUUUUGACUAGUGUCUGAAAUGUCCAAUACUUUAUCCUGAGACAAUGCCCCUUAUUCUAGACACUGCAGCCAAUGAAAACAGUUUCCCAUCACUCACACAGCUAAAUCUGUUCAGAAUCUUCUUUUAUAAGUUCCAACAAGAUCACCUCUCAUUCUUCUAAACUUCAGAUAUUAGAGACCCAAUCUACUCAAUCACUAUAGAAUCUCUCUGAGUUAUCCAUAAGUAUUUCACAUUUACUGACUUACACUACAUUUAUGCACAGCAAUGGCAAAGUGAAUCAAAAGAGCUUUGUCGUGAAUGUUUUAAAAGAGAUAAUAAUUUUUUCAUCUGUUGUAUGUAGUCACUGGUCCUGACAAACCAAAAUUUAGCUGCUUUACUCCAGCAUCAACCCAGAUGCAAGAAACCAUUGUCAGGUCAAGUGAUCAGCAGCCAGCAUUGAAGCACAAGGAGCUGUUUUAGUACAACUGGUGGUUAGAACAAGUUUCAUCAGUUUUUCAAUGGAUCAGAGUUGACCAUUGACGCUGUACUUUAAUACCAUUAUGGUGUUCAGAAAGCACUGGUAAAUUGGUGGAAUGCAUUCCACUAUCCCAUACUCACAAUGCACUGUGUUGGGCACUUACCACAGACAUUUUUUUUUGUUCUUUUGUACCGCUGCAUAUAUUUUGUUGGUGCUCUAACUUUACACAACAAACAUCUGUCUGGUGUACUGUAUAUUUGUUUCUCUGGAAAUAAUUAUUUCUUAUGGAUAAAUAAUGUCUCCUCCCUGUUAUGUAUUGGUUAGAAAUAAACACUGGCUAAAUGAAGGAAA